CCCAUUUUCCCAUGAGUCUGACUGCCAACAAGUCUCUGACUCUACUCAACUAAAUGUUUUUGAAUCGACCAGUAACCCCAACCAGAUCCAUCUAGUUGCUUUUUCCCAUGCCUUGUUUGAAUCCCCUCUUUCUGUAGAAGCUGACCAACUGUCUUUUUCCGAAUCCUUUGUGACCCCAAAUUUAGAUAAGUUACCCUUGGCUGAGUCUACUGUGGUUCCCACCACUAGAGAAAUGCCCUUGGAGUUGUUAGAAUCCUCUGUGCCACCUACUGCAACACAAUUACUGCUGCUCGAACCUUCUAAUUCACAUAGCACCAUGCAUUUGCCGCUGUUUGACCAGUUAACUAUUUCUGAACCCACUGAGCCACCCACAACACCCCAUUUUUAUCCAUCAGAAACCCCUGGAACCCUCCCCACCACCAAUGUGCCCUUGUGUGAUUCCUCCUUAACACUGAACACACCGUCUAACACAAAUUUGUCCAGUAUAACUCCAGAGGAAUUCCAGUCUCCUUGGGACUGGACAUUAAAUUUGCACCCAAUGGACUUAUCGGAAGUGAGCCUUAACGGUGAGCUUCCACAAAACUCUGCCAAGCAAUAUGAUGAACCCGGGGACAGCUUUUCAAUAUUUUGCUUAGACACCCCUCCAGACUCUACCGAUGUGACCCCCAACCUUUCCCUAUCAGAGGACCUACUGUCCCUUUGUGAUGUUUUUUCAAAUUUACAAACUAAUGAUAUAAUACACUCACAAAGUGACCAGUCCGCCACUAAUGGUCUGACAGACUAUCCUGCUGAAGGCGACCAAUGUUUUAAUACUACUUUUCAAAAAGACCUUGAAUCAAGUACAACUUUCAAAUCCUGUAGCCUUCAUAGUGCAAACCCUGCCCUCGACCAUGGCUUCCUCAAUUCCGAGAGUGACCAGUCAGACUUUUAUUUCUUGGAUUUAUUGUUUGAGCCCUCCAGUGUGUCCCAAGAACCUGAAAGUUUGGCCAGUGAGACACUUCUGCAACCCAACCCAAGGACAUAUACUGAAGGUCUGGUGGUCUCCAACAGUUCAUCUGAUCCAUCAUGGUUGUGCUCCGAAUCACAAAUUUGCUGGAAUGGGUUAUCCUUUGUGGAAAAAUCCCUUACUAGCAACAGUUUGGACGACUCCUUUUUGUCUCAGUCAGAGUCUACCUUUAUCUCAAGCCGGUUUGGUCAGUCUAGCUCAAAGCCGGUCAUUGACCUGGAUUCCUUAAGUUUAGAGUCGCCCAGUGAAAGUACACAGCUACCUGUGAUUGUUGUAACAGAUCCUUUUGAGUUUUUGAGUAGCUCGGAUGACCACGCGGAUAACAUUUUGUCUUCAAAUGCUUUACCGUUGGACAUGUCUACAUCAACCAAGCUUGAAGUGGAUAGUGAUCUUCAGGUUGUGGAGGUGCCAUCACUUGAGAUAGCACCAGAACUGAAGAAGGACAGGUCUGAAGUUUCAGAUUGUCUGGACUCCUCUGAAUUGUCCUUGUGUGAUGGACCUCCUCGGUCAAAUCAACCUCAGUCAGACUGUGUUCUUGGGACUAUUUUGCCCUCAUUUAUGUCCACUGGGGAGCUGCCGGGUUCACCAUUUGAAGGUAUCAAGCGUAGAUCACGUGACUCCCAGGAUUCAGCCUCUGUCCUCUUGGCGUUUGGGGAGGGUGAUCCCCUUUUGGCAUUUUCUCUGGACAAUGACUCUCCUUGUGCUGGGGACGAGCUGGCCCGUCUUCGAGCAGUAUUUGAUGCCCUGGAUAGAGAUAAAGAUGGAUUUGUGAAAAUGGAGGACUUUGUUCAGUUUGCCACCGUUUAUGGGGCCGAGCAGGUAAAAUAUCUUACUGGGUACCUGGAUCCAGCUGGCCUGGGGGUUAUAAAUUUCCGUGAUUUCUAUCGGGGCAUCUCCGAAAUCCAGAAUGAAGAUUUAGACAUGCAGCUGUACGACAUGGGAUACCCCUCUGAGGAGGAACCAGCCUGCUCUGUCGAUUUUGAUGAUCUGGCAGCAUUUGAGGUUACGGAGGUGACGGACAGCGCCUAUGUGGGUUCGGAGAGCGCCUAUAGCGAGUGCGAGACCUUCACAGAUGAAGAUACCGGAGGGCUAGCUGCGCAGGAAGACCCGGAGACUGAAGGAGAUGGGGCAGGCUCUCGUGGACAUGCACCAGCAACACCUGAAGGAUUGGAGCUGUCCCUCUGUGAUAUCUCGGGGGUCACGGUCACUGGGCAGGAGGAACAGUUUGAAGAUUUUGGCGAAGGAGCAGAGCCAGACCUGUUCAACAGCCACUGCGAGGAAGAGCAGGAGAGCUUCACCCAGAUGACAAACACCUCCCCGCGUCUCACCUCCAGUGGUGCACCCGUGUCAGAGCGCCAACUUUUGGCACCACCACCUUGCUCAGGCCUGGGGGGGCUGUACUGCAGCCAGUGCCACAAACAUAUCAACCGUCUGGAAGAUCUGUCCACCCGUCUCCGCUACCUUGAGAUGGACAGCCCGGACAAGAGGACGUCGAGCAGAAAGGAGGCACGGAGGCUUCAUCACAGUGGAUUCCUAGAAGAUCAAGGAGAGCAGCCGCUCACCAACAUGGCGUUCGAUGACACCGAUCUGACAGACAAGGUCCUCUACCUGGAACAGCGGGUGAGCGAACUCGAGAGAGACGCCGCCAUGACGGCGGAACAGCAAAACCGCCUCAGACAGGAGAACCUGCAGCUGUUACACAGAGCCCACGCUCUUGAGGAGCAGCUGAAAGAUCAGGAAUUACUAUCGGAUGAGGUGCAAAGCGAGGAGACGCGGAAACACAGGGACGAGCUUCGAAAGAUGGACCGUGACCGAGGCUUUCAGAUGAGCAGUUUAAAGGCCAGGGUUCAAGAACUGGAGAGUGAGAACACAGAGCUCCUCUCCCAGCUGCCCAGUGCAAGGGCCACCACACAGAGACUGGAAGAGGAGAAAUAUAAACUGUUGGAUGAAGUGGAAGAACUGCAGCGUCAGCUUAAGGAUCACCAGGAGCAGAACAAGAAGCUGGGAGGGAAGCUGAGCAUCGAGAUACAUAAACAACAGCUCGAGAAGGAGCGCUGCCAAGAGGUAAUAGAGGAGCUCCGGCGGGAACUAGAGCAGACACAGCUAUUGCGCCUCGAAAUGGAACAGCGAAUGGGACUGGGAAACAGCGCCGCCCUGCAGGAGUACAACAGCCGCACAAGGGAGGCUGAGCUGGAGCAUGAAGUCCGGAGGCUCAAACAGGAGCAACGGCUUCUCAAGGAACAGAAUGAAGAACUGAACGGCCAGAUCAUUAACCUCAGCAUCCAGGGAGCCAAGAACCUGUUCUCCACCACGUUCUCCGACUCGCUGGCCGCUGAAAUCAGCAGUGUUUCUAGAGAUGAGCUGAUGGAGGCUAUUCAGAAGCAGGAGGAAAUCAACCUUAGAUUACAGGAUUAUAUUGACCGGAUCAUCGUGGCAAUUAUGGAGACCAACCCAGCCAUAUUGGAAGUGAAGCUACAUUAACCCCCACAGGUCAGUCCAAAAGUAGAAGCCGCCCUGCCCGUGAUCCAGAAAGCAGAGGAGGCAGGUACGACCUUGACCGCUGGGCACUCGGGCCGAUCAGCUCUGGCAGUGCGAACCUCCCCGGGCUUCCAUGGCAAAAGCUGUCUUGCGUCAGAAAGUCGUCUUGUCUUACACUUGUGUCUUAACGGAAUGCACAAAGAGACUGUGGGACUGAGCGGCGCACGGGCCGGACAUCAUCAUGGGCCGAACCUGCUACAUCUCGAAAUCUCCUUCACCUCGAAGACCCCGCUCACACAUCACCUUAAGACAAUGCACAGCUGUCCACUAUUGUGGGCCUGUGAGAUGGCCAGCGUGGAUUCCUGGACCAUGGACUUGAAGGCGGUUGUUUGAGUAAAUGUGUAUAUAGCGUCGCCUCCAUGCACAGAUGUAUAUAGGCGUCGUAUAGGUGCACAUGGGAUCUGUAUGUAAAAUCCGCAUUGGGUGGGGGGGGCGUCGAACAGUAAUAAUGUCAAUAAUUGGAUGGGUUUCUUAUUCAUUUUAACAUGCGGAGUAAAGAAAGUUGCAGCUCCCUGGUCCCCUACCCCAGCAUGCACUCCCAGCAAAAGGAGUGCAUUCUGGAAUAAUGGCCUGCUCUAUUUGACUAUACCAGAACUGCCCCCUCCCCCCCAGUAUGCAUAUUAUUUGCACAAAAUCCAUGUCAUUCCAACAGGUACAUGCAUAUAGGGCCGUGUACCAAAUCACGCAGGCUGCUACUGUGAACCCCCACUAUUUGACUUCAUGGUGCUGCAUCUGACGCCUGACCAGCCUGUUUCGACAAGGGGGGGAUGGGGGGAUAUAAAUGACUCCUAACGAGCUUGUGCAGCUUAUUAUCUCGCUUUCCCCUUUUUUUAUUUUUCUUUUUUUUUUUUAUAUGCAGACAAAUCACAUUUUUAGGCACUUUUGAAGAAAGUUUCUAUAUGUGUAUGUACAUAAGUAGAUAGAAAAAUUCUAUAUAUAGAGAGAGAGAGAGAGAUGUAAAUAUACAGGUAUAUGGACGGGAUCCUCCGGGAUGACUCUUUUCCUGUCGAGACACUGGAUAUGAACAUGUCGUGGCCAAGGGCAUAGCAAUACAAUCCCCGCGCAGAUUAGUUUAGUUUCAUUCCGCUCCGUGGCGGUGAUGUGGUUAAACUAUCGAGUAAGAGAAAAGUCCUACAAACUGGUCUCCGGUACGGCGGCCAUUUUGUUGAAGACCAAUUCAUGCCAUGAAUUACAAAGAGACGACGGUUAGGGAGCUAUAGGAUAGUCCUGCUGUUGCUGAAUUAAGAGGGGAGGGUGGAGGGGUUUCAGUAAUGUUAGGACUACUCCGCCUACCUUUUAGGACUCUGCCUACAUUUAGUGGUCAGUACCCCUGUACCCUUUUUUUAUUUUAUUCUUAUGGUCACAUUUUAGGUGCACAUUGAGUUGCAGUUCUGUCGCGUAGGCUUUCAUGCAAAGGAAUACAUAUAAGGAUGAGGGUUUCCACAGCAUACUUCUUAAGGGGGCCCUCUUUUUGGUGCUAGUUCACCCCACAGCGCUUUAUUCCCCCUCCCUCCUCCCUCCUCCUGACACAAGAGGGCGCUGCUGAUUUUGUCUUCACCACCACCAAUGGUUGUUAACGUUGGUUUGCUUAUGGAGAUGCACUACAUACAAGGAAUCGAUACUGACCCACUGACUGUACAGCUGCCACCUCUCCGGGGUUGUCAUGAUGAAUGCUCCAACCCCCCCCAUUAAAUCCACUACCUAUUACCAGAUCUAUAAAAAAAAAAAUCCGCUCCAAGUACCCGGAGGAAAUCGCAUCCGUUCAUCUAGAAAUUCAAACGCACAUCCAGGUUCAACGGCUUUGGUGACAUGGCUGGCUUCAUAUGUGACGGGCCGAUGACAGUCGUACGCUGCGCCACGCAGCCGAGCAGACAGAGGGCGCUAUGGAGCAUGAACGUACAUUUUAUGUGUAAAAAGAAAAGUUUAUUAAUUUAAUUUUGGGAUCAUUUGCUUUAUCUUUGUGUAUUUUCAGAAAUUUCUGGUGAGGAAUAAACUGAUUGAUUGCAGUAA